AUUGCAGGCAUCCAUCUGGCAGAAAUGCAGUACAAAUUAUUCCUCCUGCUAAUUGUUGCCCCAUUGUUAUGCAACACAUUUCCAACGCAGCCCGAUGACAUCUGUCUACGUCAAAAGGAUUUUGGAUCUUGCCAUGUAACUGGCACAACAAAGUACUACUACGAUCAUCGGCAAAAGAGAUGCGUAUCUUACAGAGAUCGAUGUGGCAAGAGUGAUAACAGUUUCAACACUUAUGAUGAGUGUUACGAACAAUGCAGUCACCUCAUGCAUACGCAUUAAUUAUAAGAUAAACGCGAGUGCUUUUUGUCUCUAACCUGGCGUAAAAUACAUUAUUCGUCUAGUUGAAUU